AUGGCCAGCGAGGUGGAGGACGUGGACAGCCGGGAGGCACAGACGGUCUGCGAGGCCCUGGGGCGCUACGAGGACACGCUGCGGGGCGCCGUGCGGGAGAUCCAUGUGGACAUGCAGGUGUUCAAGCAAGGCGUAGGCCGGCAGGUGGAGGAGGUGCUGCGCCUCGCCAGCCCCCUGGCGCGCAGCGUCUCCGAGCUGCAGCAGGAGAACCGGCGGCUGCGGGCGCAGCUGGACCGCCUGUGUCGGCAGGUGGAGGCUCUGGCCCGCUCGGCCGGGCUGCCCCCGGAGUGGGCGGACGAGGCGACGUGGAGCUCUCCGGAGCGGGGCUUCUCCAGCCAUGCCAAGCUAGCGGCCGCUGGCCGAAGCCAAAGUGUAGACCUGGAUGACCACCACAAACCUGAGUUUAGAAGAGUGUUUAGCUCUUCCAUCAUUGAAAAUGGGCACCAGUCUUCAUCAGGUCAGGCCAAAGUCUCCCAGGAACUGACCUCUUCUCACAUGUCAGACUCCUGCCUUGAAGCCCACGCCCCUGCAGUCAGCUUACAGAUGCCUCACCUUCCUGUUACUGCAGUCACCAGGACAUCAGAGAGGUUUUCAGGAGAGACUACAGGAGCAGCUAAUGUGGCUGCUGGCCUGCUGGGACAGAGCAAGGACAAAAAUGCAAUGGCAGUGAAAACCUCCAACCAGUCAGAGAACAAUUCUGUCACCAAGUGUGCCUCAGCUGUGAGCUAUGGGACAGGCAGUGGCAGCCAGCCCAGUGAAAGUGGCACUGACAGUCGCUGUGAUGUGAGCCCCAGCUCUCGCUCCUCUCCCCCCGCUGCGCAUCGACCAGUGGAACGGAGGAGGGAGCUGGUGCGGUCCCAGACGCUGCCGCGGAUCACAGGAGCCCAGAGCAGGAAAGCUCUGUUUGAGAAGUUUGAGCAGGAUGGUGGCAGAGGAAAAGGAGAAUCCAGAGCUAAGCUGAAGAGGUCACAGAGUUUUGGGGUUGCCAGUGCUAGCAGCAUCAAACAAAUUCUGUUGGACUGGUGCCGCUCAAAAACCCUGGGAUACAAGCACAUUGACCUGCAGAACUUCUCCUCAAGCUGGAAUGAUGGGAUGGCAUUCUGUGCUCUUGUGCAUUCUUUCUUUCCUGAAGCUUUUGAUUAUAAUAAGCUUGACCCAGCCAAUCGCAAGCAGAACUUCGAGCUGGCCUUCACCAUGGCUGAGAAGAAGGCUCACUGCGACCGCCUGAUAGAAGUGGAGGAUAUGCUGCUGAUGGGCCACAGGCCAGACCCCAUGUGUGUCUUCACCUAUGUCCAGUCUCUCUACAACCAUCUACGACACUUUGAAUGAAAGCUGCUGAGACCUCUCCAGGCAGAAGGGUCAAGGGCAGUGUCCUGGUGGGCAGAGAGGCGUUCUGCAAACCGAACAGUGUCGCUUCUUGCUUCUCACUAUCCUUUGGCUUCCACCCAAGCUGCGUGGCUGACUGAAGUGUUGCUGAGCAGUGCCACGAAGUGUUGAUCACCUCAGCAUGGCAGUAAGACAGAAACACCUUUGCAAAAGACAGGAAAAAAA